AGAUAGAAGCAAAUAUAGAAUUCUAAGUAUGUGUGCGAUAGAUAAGCGUGGUGGCACAAAGCCAUAUAUUAAAUUGGGUUUACUAGAUGUGAGUUAUCUACUUCACUCUAGCCUCUGUAAGUUAAAUACUUUGGUGAAAUUUGAUGUUUUGAAUUUGUUUGACACCAUAGAAGAUGAGUAGUAUAUAUGUGGCUAUGUGCUAUUUGGGGGAAAAGGAAAACUUACUGCCAGUGAUCUUUACCAUUUAAUCAUCUUUCUAACAAACUUGUUUUUCUAGUCUUACAGAGGUAUUCUUUAUGAUAUACAGAGGAAUUGGUGAGUCCUCCUAAGUGGAUGCUUCUCUUAUUCAUGUUGAAUGGAUCCUAGUCCUUGUGUCCUAUUCUAUUGGAUUAUUUCAUUUUUCAUUAAAAAAAAAAAAGAGAGAAUGGUUGAGAAGUUGCAACCAAUAAUGAUUGCUUAUGUCUGUUAUGUAGUGAAUGUUAUUUGUUUAACUACAAAUGUGUCCUUGUAAUGUUUUGCCAUGAUUUCUUGUCAUCUCUUCAUUGUGCACCACUUUCUCUGUUUGACUUGGACUUGGCUUAUAUUUUCAGCCUUCUAUAACGACAAAUGAAAUUGAUAAAGCAGUGCAACAGAUGAUAAUUGAUGCUGGUGCUUAUCCCUCACCCCUUGGAUAUGGUGGAUUUCCAAAAAGUGUGUGCACAUCUGUUAAUGAGUGCAUGUGCCAUGGAAUACCUGAUUCCCGGCAGUUACAGAACGGUGACAUUAUUAACAUUGAUGUGACGGUCUAUCUGAAUGGAUAUCAUGGAGACACAUCAAAGACAUUUUUCUGCGGGGAUGUAAGUGAUGCUAUGAGAAAGCUUGUUAAGGUAACUGAAGAGUGCAUGGAAAGGGGAAUAGCUGUUUGCAAGGAUGGUGCUCCUUUUAGAAAAAUUGGGAAGAGAAUCAGUGAGCAUGCUGAAAAGUAUGGCUAUGGUGUAGUGGAGCGUUUUGUUGGUCACGGUGUGGGAACGGUUUUUCAUUCUGAGCCAAUAAUUUUUCAUCAUCGUAAUGACAAGCCUGGGUGUAUGGUUGAAGGUCAAACAUUUACCAUAGAACCUAUCCUUACGAUGGGAAGCAUCGAGUGCAUUACAUGGCCAGACAAUUGGACAACAGUGACUGCUGAUGGGAGUCCAGCGGCUCAGUUUGAGCACACAAUUUUGAUCACUAGGACUGGAGCAGAAAUUUUGACUACCUGUUAAAUUCUGACAAGAUCAUGUGAUUUUGAAUGCUACGUGGGUCAUUAAUUAAUUGUAAAUAACUUGCCUCCUUUCUUCCGGUUCUGGUGAGAGCUAUAUAGGAAGGCUAGGCCAGACCCAUGGAGAUAGAGACACCACAGAGUAGUGAGUACCAUCUUCUCUUGUGCAUAUGUAUACGUAUAGAUUCAUUCAAUGUAUGAAUAUUAUUGUCUCUGUCAAAAACACAGAGAUAUCUGAGAUGUGAUUUUUUAGUUUUACAUUUAUUGUGUCAGCAAAUGCAUGAGUUUGCUGCUGCUAAACAGUGGAAACUUGCAAUAAUGCAUUUUGGAGGGUUGCUGAUCCUAUUUGAGUAGC